AUGUCGGCGCAGCAAGUGUCGCGGAGUGUCGUCAGACAGACUCUGCAACGGUCGCAGAACCUCACAACGCGGCGGGUUGACGCCGCCCGGUUCAUCACACGAAGGUCCAUUCACUACGUGCGGAGCAGUGCCCCUGCUAUAACACCGUCUCAGAGUCGUCGUAGACCGAUCUUACAUCCUAAUCACCAGACAUCGGGCCUUCCCAAGAUUAAUGGGCCUUCUUCAGGCAAUAAGCGAUCUAUAUUCAUCCAGACGGAAUCGACGCCGAAUCCUGAUGCUCUUAAGUUCUUGCCUAACCACCCGGUCUUGCCGGAAAACUUCUCCACUCCCUUCUUAGAAUACCUCUCUCCGAGGUCAACGCUCGCUCCGCCGCAUCCUUCACCAUUGGCAGCCAAACUGCUCAAUGUCGAAGGCGUGUCAUCUGUAUUCUACGGAACCGAUUUUAUUACAGUAACCAAGUCCAGCGAUGUCAACUGGGCGCACGUCAAGCCCGAAGUUUUCAGUCUGAUUACCGAAGUCGUCACAUCCGGCGAACAAAUCGUGAACACUGUUGAGCGCACUUCUGCCGGCGGAGAGAAUGCGCAGGAAGGCGGUGAAGAGGACACGCUCGGAUAUAACGAAGAAGAUGAUGAAGUUGUCGGGAUGAUCAAGGAGUUGCUGGAAACUCGCAUUCGGCCCGCGAUUCAAGAAGAUGGCGGAGACAUCGAGUUUCGCGGGUUUGAGAACGGAAUCGUGAUGUUGAAAUUGCGAGGAGCUUGCCGGACUUGCGACUCGAGCACUGUCACACUCAAGAAUGGCAUCGAGUCGAUGCUCAUGCAUUACAUCGAGGAAGUUCAAGGCGUCGAGCAAGUUCUAGACCAGGAGGAAGAAAUUUCCAUGCACGAGUUCGCCAAGUUCGAGGAGAAACUGCGACAACAGAAGGGCUCCGGUGCUACAGCAUCUUCGGCACUGGAUACGGCGGGGGCUUAA